AUGAGAGAGCUUGAGCGCUUGAAGACGAGCAUGAACCAUCAUCAAUGGCCUCCCAUUGGAGCUCCGAUGAAUCUCCGGCGAGAAGAACUAAGUAAAUCUCCAUUAGAAGACUCAGUUAACGCCGUCUCCUUUGGUUUCGUAGCUACAGCCAUUCUCAUCUCAAUGUUCCUCGUCAUGGCUAUCUUUGAGAAACUCAUUAGAACAACUACUAACCAAGAUUCCUCUCCUGGUCGGAUCCUCCCGGGUAUGGAUUCUCGGGUCGGGUUUAGUGGUGCAUCAUCAUCUAAGCUCGGUUAUCAAUCUCCCAAGAUGACUGUUUACACGAACGGUGUAUCGGUAUUGAUGCCAGGAGAUGAUAUCCCUACUUUCAUUGCUCAUCCAGUGCCCAUGCCUCGUCCUCCUCAACACAUCUCACAGUCUCAGCAUCAACAUAGCUCAUCAAGAGAUUCCUCCAGCUCAAACUCCAUUCAAGAAUGUUGAAAGACUGUUUUCUUUAUCAAUGUUUUCUUCGGAUGAUCCCACUACAUUUAUUGGGUUCAUGGAGAU